AAAUGUGGAAUUACUAAACUACAAUCUAAUUAACUGCAUUCCAUUUUCAAGUGCAUUUUGGGGUUAUGACCUUUUUCAGUAUUUGUGUGCUUAACAUGUAUCCCUUUCAAUUCAAAUUCUGGUGUUUUUAAAUGUUAUUUCAGCAAAUUAAACUGUGAAUCUAACUGUACAAUUUUAUUUUGCAAAGUCCUGUUGUUACAAAACUUGAAAGUGCAACAAAUGUCUGCGUGAGUUCAGGUCCAUCCUAUUGGUAACUUAUAAAGUAUGGUCUCAUGAAUUAAAAUUAUUUUUAAAAUAAAGAUCUUUAAAAAGAGUGAGAGGUAUUUGUGAAUGAUGCCGAAGUCUAAAUUCAGUAGGGCUAAGCUCAAAGCCUGUAAAUUAACAAAUGCUUAUGGAAAUAGAAGGCUUGUGUUUCCUUUCUUUACUAAAUGCAUUUUUGGUAAUGGUGAUGGGAAGUUGAGAUUUUCAGAGUUGGUAUAAAACCUUAUCAAAGAAAAAAUAUUUUUGUAAAGUUUUUUGAAACAUAGAUAAAAAUCUCUAUGAGCAUUCUUGAGUUCAAGAAGCACAUAGAUUUAGUUUCUUCAAUACACAAGUUAUUUAAAUUACUUACAGAUUAGCUUUUUCAGCCCUUUGAUAUCAAUUAUUGUGUACUGUGCUUUUUACAACAGUGCAGAAACAAAAUUAAGUGCUGUGAUACUCAGUGUAGACUUUGUCCUUCGUAGGAGCACUACUGUGAAAGAUAACUUGUUUUCCUGGACUGCAGUAGGUUUCUCUGGAAAACCUUCAGUAUUAAAAGAGAAUUGAUUAAUUAGCUUCCCAUGAGAGUUCCUCAGUCACUUCAGGAACCCUGCUAUGUGGUUCUGGUAAGUGGCAUUUUGUAGUAAUCUGCAAGAGGAAAUGUGGAUCUUAAUUUUUUUUUUUUUGUCUUAUGCACUGUUAGAGGUUUUAUUUCCAGAAAUAGUAAGACUUGUAGUGGAAUACCUAUACUGAGGGGUGAGGGGAGAUGUUAAUAUUGGUUCUGGUGGCUGCUUCAGAGGAUUGUUUCAAAAAGUGACAAGGUUUAGCUUUAUGUAGUUUCUGCAGUAGUGUGUAAUGAGCUUGUUUAUCAUCCAGUUGAACUUAACAGUAUUUAGGUUUUCAUCCUAAAAGAUGCCGGUCAAAGAGUAUUUUCCAGCCGUGUUCACAUCCAUGAAAAUCAAGGUGACUUCAAGAACUUUUAAUACCUUGUCCAAGAUCAUAAGCUUUUCAUGUUACAAAAAGUGAAGUAGGUUCUUCUGAGUUAUGUGUUCUGAAUCAAUUCUGGUUUGAGCUGCCAAGGUUUUUCUUGCCAGAAUUUCACUAGGCUUGAGUGCAGUGUAGCUUUCAUGUCACAUUGUGAUGCUGUUUCCACCACUGAAAGGGUUAGAUUGAAUACAACAGCUCUUCACUCUUCAGCAGUACAAGGCUUUCUCAGCAGCCUCUGGAUACUGUGCCUGCAUCAGGUAAUGUUAAUUUGCACCUGCCUAGCAUGGAACUGUGUGGUACUGAUACUGCUUUGUAGCAUCAAUUCAAGUUUUGCAUCACCAACUCAGCAUGUUUUAGAAAAAAAUGAAGUGGCAUGCAGCAUGCUUAAUGUGAAACUGAAGGAAAUGUUUGAAAGUGUUGUAAGCUUCUUCAGGCCAGUGACAUGCCGUCACAAAGAUGAGCACACCUUAGUUCCUUGUAGUGUAGGAGAGGACCUUAACACAACUGAAUGCUUGAAAAAUAAAUGUUGUACUUCCAAAGACAGGAAGAAGCUGAAGUGUUACAUGCCAAUUAAAGAUGAUACGCUACUGACAUUGCGACUGCUUCUGCUUGUGGCAGGAGGGUUUUUGAUUUUGGGAUGUCUACCAAUCUGUUUGCAGAGAAGUCGAUGUUUCAAUCCUUUACGAAAGGCAAACAAGCAAGUAAAGCAAAUUGUGAAGAAAAGAGCACAGAGCGAAGGUGUUUAUGAACGUUUACUGAAUUGA